AGAAGAACUGGAAUUAAAAAAUGGUGAAUGUCGCAUAGUCUCUUGAAACGUGGCUGCAGAAUUUUGUGAAUGAGUUUUGUUAUUGUUCAUGCUGUGGCAUUCUUUACAACACAGUAUUUUCUGCAUUAUUGGUUUUAUAGUGCCUGAAUUUUAAUUCGAUGAAGUUUUGUUUUAUUUUUGUGCCGACGAUCUCUUCGGAAAUUUAGCGAUGGAAUGGCGACUGACGAAUGGCUGCCAUUUUGAACCGAUUUGUAUUUUUGUUACUCGGCGUUUGCAUCGCCGUGUUUAAACUUAUUGGUGAACUGAUGAAUUAAAUUUAAGUGAUCUAAUUUGCAUAUUGAUCAAUAUUAAUCGUCUUAUUGGAUUAAAUAUCACUUGUGCUAAAACUGAUGUUGACGAUGGAUAAGGAUGAUGGCUCUGAAUUGUCUGGAGAUCGACUUUCAUCAAGCAUCAGCAAUGAAAAAGAUGAUUCUUUUAACAAAAAUGAUGAACAAGACUCUGCUAAUGAAAACUCCGGCAGUGACUCUGACUCGGAUUCAAGUUCAGAUUCCCAAUCGGGCAAGUCAAGGUCAGGGUCUGGCUCUGGCUCUGGGUCUGACAAUGAAAAAUCAAAUUCAGAUAACGAAUCUAAAAAAAGUUCUAAAGGCUCUAAUUCAGGAUCUGAAAGUGGAGGGUCUGAUUCAGAAAGCGAUAACUCAGACUCGGACAGGGGUAGUCACAGCUCAGCAAGGCAAGAGAAAGCUUCCUCUGAUGCUGAUUCCGGACAUAGUGAGUCAGAGGAUGAAAGUAAACCUUCUGAUGAUGUAGAAGAUUCAAAAUCUCCAAAACAAAAAGAUAUCAAGCGUUCACCAAAAGGUCGGAAAGAAUUAGAUGAUUUAAAACAGCUUUGGGAAGAAAACCCUGAAGAGUUUGGAAUAAGAAGAUCUGGUCGAUCUCGCAAAGAACCAGAAAGAUAUAACAUUGGAGAGGACUCUGAAGGCAGUGAGAGUGGUCGUAGAGGAAGUGAUUCAAAAUCAACUAAGAGAAGUAGAAGAAAAGAGUCUCAAGAUUGGAGAGAUUCUGACAGUAGUGAAAGUGAAGAUAGCUCAUAUGGUGCAAAAAGGUCCAGUAAUCGUAAUAAAAGCACAGUUUCUAAAAGUAAGAGGCCGGUGAAAAAUGACAGAACAGAUCGAAGUAAAAAGACUAAGCCAAAGACUAAGAGACAAAAUUCUUCAUCCAAUGAUGAUGAUGAUUAUUAUGAUUCUGAUAUGUCACGGGGAAAACAAGUUGCUUCAAGAGAAACAAGAAAAAAAGUCAGUAAUUACAAAGAGCAAAGUGGUGAUGAGACUGAUUCUGAUGACUUGAUUGAAGUGGAGUAUGAUGAAACAAAGUUGGAAGAAGAAGCAGCUGAAAGUAUUGAAAAAGUUCUUGAUCACAGAAUAGGGAAAAAAGGAGCCACUGGUGCAUCAACUACAGUUUAUGCUGUGGAUGAUUUUGGUAACCCAAAUGAUGGAGUUGAAAACGCCACGGAAACUGAAGAGCAGUUUCUUAUUAAAUGGAAAGGUUGGUCAUACCUUCAUAAUACAUGGGAAUCUGAAGCUACGCUUAAAGAACAAAAAGCUCAAGGCAUGAAGAAACUUGAAAACUACAUUAAGAAGCAAGAAGAACUCAGAGAAUGGAAAUCAUAUGCAUCUAAAGAAGAUCUAGAAUACUAUGAAUGCCAACAAGAUCUUUCAAGUGAUGUUCAUCAACAGCACAUGGAAAUGGAUAGGAUUAUAGCCCAUGGACCAUCCAAAAGUGGAGAUGGAACUGAAACAGAAUAUUUUUGCAAAUGGGCUGGUUUACCAUAUUCGGAAUGCACAUGGGAAGAAGGUAGUUUAAUAUCUAAGAAAUUUCAGCAUAAAAUAGAUGAUUAUUUUGCUCGACAAAAAAAUCAAAAGAUUCCAAGUAAAGUGUGUAAAGUUCUAAAAUAUCGUCCAAAAUUUAUUCCUCUGAAAACUCAACCUAAAUACGUUGGUGGUCCGGAUAGCUUAGAGCUUAGAGAUUAUCAGCUUGAUGGACUUAAUUGGCUAGCUAAUUCCUGGAGCAAGGAAAACAGCGUGAUUUUAGCUGAUGAAAUGGGAUUAGGGAAAACAAUACAGACUAUAAGCUUCCUGAAUUAUCUCUUUUCUCAACAUAACUUAUAUGGACCUUUCCUAUUAGUUGUUCCAUUAUCUACUAUGACUUCGUGGCAAAGAGAAUUUGAGCAAUGGGCCCCAGAAAUGAAUGUUGUUACCUAUGUUGGUGAUGUAAAUAGUCGAAAUAUGAUUAGGCAAUACGAAUGGUGUCACCCAGGAAAUAAAAGACUUAAAUUCAAUGUACUUCUGACUACAUAUGAGUUGUUAUUAAAAGACAAGAUGUUCCUAUCAGCAAUUAGUUGGGCUGUUCUUGGUGUUGAUGAAGCUCAUCGUCUCAAAAAUGAUGACUCCUUAUUAUAUAAAUCCUUAUUUGAAUUUGAUACAAAUCACCGAUUAUUAAUUACUGGUACACCUCUUCAGAAUUCUCUGCGAGAAUUAUGGGCGCUUCUUCAUUUCAUCAUGCCUCAUAAAUUUCAAUCUUGGGAAGAAUUUGAAGAAGAGCAUAAGGAUACAGCCGACAAAGGAUAUCCAAAACUUCAUAAACAACUUGUCCCUUUCUUACUAAGAAGAGUAAAAAAAGAUGUUGAGAAAUCACUGCCAGCUAAAGUUGAACGAAUAUUAAGAGUUGAAAUGACUGCUAUUCAGAAGCAAUUUUACAGGUGGAUUUUAACGAAAAACUAUAAAGCGUUAAGCAAGGGUCUGAAGGGUAAUAUUUCCUCUUUUUGCAACAUAAUGAUAGAAUUGAAGAAAUGCUGCAACCAUGCAAUGUUAGUAAGAUCAGUUGAUAAUCCCAACAACUUGGAUCAACUGCAGCUUCUCAUUCGAAGUAGUGGAAAAAUUGUUCUACUCGAUAAACUGCUUUGUCGAUUAAAAGAAACUGGUCAUAGAGUACUAAUAUUUUCCCAAAUGGUAAUGAUGCUCGACAUUUUGAGUGAAUAUAUGCAGUUGAGACACUUUUCUUUCCAGCGUUUAGAUGGCUCUGUGAAAGGAGAAGUCAGGAAGCAAGCAUUAGAUCAUUUUAACGCUGAAGGCUCUCAGGAUUUCUGUUUUCUUCUGUCAACAAGGGCUGGUGGUCUUGGUAUCAAUCUUGCUACUGCUGAUACUGUAAUUAUUUUUGACUCUGAUUGGAAUCCACAAAAUGAUUUGCAAGCACAAGCAAGAGCUCAUAGGAUUGGCCAAAAGAAUCAGGUAAAUAUUUACCGUCUAGUUACUAAAAAUAGCGUGGAAGAGGACAUUAUUGAAAGAGCUAAAAGAAAAAUGGUUUUGGAUCAUUUAGUUAUACAGCGCAUGGAUACAACUGGCCGCACAAUCAUACAGCAAAACAAAGCACAAAGCACUGGUAAUGCAACACCUUUCAAUAAAGAAGAAUUAGCUGCUAUUUUAAAAUUUGGCGCUGAAGAAUUGUUUAAAGAAACUGAAGAAGGAGAUGAAGAGCCUCAGGUUGACAUAGACGAAAUUUUGAGUAGAGCUGAAUAUCGGGAAGAUCAACCUAUGUCUGUUGGAGAAGAAUUGUUGUCUGCAUUUAAGAUUGCAAGUUUCAACUUCAAUGAAGAGGAAGUAAGCAUGCAAAGUACAGGUGAUGCCAAGGAAACAUCUAAUGAAAAAGACUGGGAUGACAUUAUUCCAGAAAAUGAUAGAAAAAUCAUAGAAGAAGAAGAAAGAGAAAAAGAAAAACUAGAAAUGUAUUUACCUCCAAGAAGUAGAAAAGCUGUGAAAAAGGUUGAAAGAUCAGACAGUGAUGCCAGUAAACAUGAUUCUGACAGCGAGUCUGAAGGAGAUGAUUCAGAUGAUGAUAAACCUAAACGGCGAGGGCGACCACGUUCAACUAAUAAAGAUGGCCUAAAAAAUUUUACUGAUAACGAAAUCAGAAAGUUUUUAAAAAGUUACAAGAAAUUUCCAUGCCCAUUGAAAAGAUUAGAAGUUAUUGCAAUGGAUGCUGAACUUCAAGAAAAACCUCUAGCUGAUUUAAAAAAAUUAGCUGAAUUGAUCAAAACUAAUUGUGAAAAUGCUAUGAAAGAGCAAAAAGACAAAAAUGAAUCAAAGGAUGAAGAUGAACCAGUUGUGAAAAAAAGAGGAAGAAAGCAAGGUCCUUCUUUCAAGAUUGGAAAUGUUCCUGUCAAUGCAAAAACGUUAUUAACCAUUGAAAGUGAACUUGAACCUCUUGAUAUUUUAUUGCCAGCCGAUGCAGAAGAAAGGAAAAAGUGGACUCUAAGAGAGCAUUGUAAAGAUGCUCAUUUUGAUGUACCUUGGAAUAUUAGUGAUGAUUCAAGACUUCUUCGUGGCAUAUAUGAGUAUGGAAUGGGUAACUGGGAGUCAAUCAAAAUGGACCCAAACUUGGAGUUGGGUGAUAAGAUUUUGCCAGAUGGUGAACAAAAGCCUCAAGCGAAGAAUCUACAGACACGUGCUGAUUACCUGUUGAAAAUACUUAAAAAAAUAUUACUAAGAGAUGCUGGCCCAGAGCCUGAAACUCCAAAGAAAUCGAAACGAGGAAGGAAACCUAAAGUUACAGAGAAUUUAAAUUCAAAUAAGAAAUUCUUGAGUAAACAAUUCGUUGAAAAUGACGAUAGUGAUGCUUCUGAUGACUCGACUGCACAGGAAACUAAAGCUACUGCAAAGAAAGUAAAAGUAGAAAAUUCUAUUGUUGAGGAAAAAAAUAAUAAAGAACAUCAUGUAUCUCCACCAAAACCCCUUCCUGCUGGUGACAUAGACACUACUAAGAAAAAAACAGAAAAACCUGAAAAAUCCAAAAAGAAAAUUCCAAAACAAAAGGAAGGUCAUCCGGAUAAAGUUAAAGAACGUAAGAAGAAAGUUGUUCCUGUUAUGCAUUACACUGUUGCAGAACCUCAAGUUAUUGACGAAACAGAGGAAUUAUCUGAAACUGUCUUCCUGGAGUGCAAAGAGCAAAUGAGACCUGUUAAGAAAUAUCUGAUGCGACUUGAUUUAAAAGGUCUUGACUUGACAGAAGAAGACAAAUCCAAAAGAUUUGCACAGUACCUGUUGAAAAUUGGAAGAAAAAUUUCCGAAAUUCUGAAAGGAUAUAAAGAUCCUGAAAAAAUUAAUAAAUGGCGCAGCUCUUUAUGGAUCUUUGUCUCUCAUUUUACGGAUCAAAACGCGAAGCAACUGUACAAGAUCUAUCGCCAAGCACUAAAAAGCAUGGAACUUGUACCUCAUUCAUCAGACCCAAAAAAACCGAAGGAAAAAAUGGAAAGGAAAUCUAUACUAGAUGUUGGUUCGAAACAAGUGCCUGAGAAAAGUAGUAAACAUCGUUCUGAUAGCUCUGGCUCUUCCAAAAGGCAUUUGGAUGAAGAUUCUAGCAAAAGUGAAAGACCAAAUAAGAAAAAAUAUUCAGAUGGUCAAACAGAUAGAAAAAUAUCUGAAAGAAGAGAAAGUUUUGGUGACAGCAGAGGCAUUGAAAAGUCUCCUAUGUCAUCUCAAGGCUCAUCUAACAGUUACUCGCAACCUCACCAUGGGUAUUCUAACCACAGAGACAAUUUACCCAAAGGGAAGAAUGAGAGAUGGAACAACUCAAAUUCUGGAAAUUGGCAAAAAGACAGGUACCCAAAUGAUUACAAAAGAGAUCAUUACAGAAACUAUCCUAGAGAAGAUAACAAUUUUCAAAGGGGGAAACCUCAUCGAAAUGACUACCCUUAUUCUCAGGAUCGACAUGGAAAUAGGUAUGGUUCCGGUUCUCAUGGCGGUGGAUUUUCCCACUAUGGAAUGAGGCCUCCACCGUAUGGAAUGAGCCAGCCUCCACCGGCUCAUUCAAACUACAACUAUGGGCCCAUGCCUUCCUCCAUGCACUCACCCACCUCAAUGGGUUCACAGCCCCCUCCCCCUGGACUGAGUGACCACUCUAUGGACGCUUACAGUCCGUACCAAGGACACUCGGACUCUUGGCGGAGGAGAAGCAAUGAACGCCAUAAAGAACAUAGUUCCGGCGAUUAUAAAUCAAAAAACUGAAACUGCUAGUCAUACCCAAAUAAUUCAAAGUCCUGCUUAACCUGUCUUGCUUUCAAAAUACUGCCAUUAGAGUGGUGAAUUUUAUGAAAAAGUUUUUUAAAAUUAUUUUCCAUUAAUUUAUGCUGGGAUUGGCUGCUGAGUACCUAUUUUUUUUUUAGCGUAGGAAAGACUUAUUUUCUUAAAUUUGGAUUUAGAGUGAAAAUAAAAUAAAUAAAUAAAACAUGAACAAUAAUUUAAGUUUGAUUUUAGAAAUUUUUCUCCUCUCCUUAUGCUAAAUCUUAUAAAUAACUUGUGAAAAAAUUAUUAAAUUUUUAAUCCCUCUUCCCAAAAAAAGAAAUUUUUAAAAUGAAAUGUUUAGAAUUGAUUUGUUUUACCUGCAGCUAAAAACUGAAUUUUCCAACUGUGAUAUAAAUUUGUUUUCACUUUCAGUUGAUAGUGGAUACAUUCUUGGCAUACUUUAACAUUAAAAUUUAUAACUCUAAGGUCAUUGUUUUGAAACUUGUGUAAAUAGUGCAGAACUUUUGGAAUUGCCUUCGACAAGUUUGCGCAGUAAGUCAUGAUAUUGUUUGAGAGUAUGUCAUGAACUUUGUACAUUUGAAAGCAUUUUCUACAACUGUUUAGUUUGUAUAUAAUCACAAACCCAACAAUGAUACUUUAGAACUGUGAUGUUAAUUCAUACUGUUUCAUUUUUGAAACGAUUCUGUACAGAUAAAUCAUUCUUCAUUCCAUUGAAGUUCCAUAUAUUUGUUAGCAUUCAUGAAGUAUCAUUUGAAAAUUAUUCUGUGAAGUUUCUGUUAAUUAGU